AUGCUUACGGAGCGACUCCUGUCAAAACUUGACGAGGCAGGAACAGACAGUGGUAUUUGUGCAUGUGAAGCAACUAGGAAGAAUGGACAAAUAGCAAGGGAUUUAGCUAGUUUAUAUAUUACAGACGGCGAUGAAUUAUCGCUUUAUGCUUAUUAUAGUGGCACUGCCACGUCAGAAAUAGGCGGUGAUACGAAUAUUGUUGGGACGAUGAUUGGUGCACUUUUGGGUGCUACACAAGGUCAACAGGCUAUCGACAACCGGCUUGCUGAAUUUGUCUAUCGGGCUGACUAUGAGGAGUUUGGACAGGCUCAAAGUGAACGAAAUGAAAUGAGCUAUGGAUUUGUGAUGGCUAUUGUCUGCGAUUCGAGACAAGAAUCUCAUCUUGUCAUCUGUACGGUAUACAUCAAUCGUCGAGAUUCUUUUACAUUCAAGAUAAAAUGUGUGAUCAAUCCAUUUAUUUUUUGGGGACAGCCAACGGAUCCAUCUCAGUUGGUGACAACCCAUGUGGAAGAUGUUAUUGUGAAAGUUGCUUGUAGAAAAGAAGAAGAACUUUUUCAUUUUUCCCAAUUCCCUAGUACAGUUGGAAGUGCUUAA